ACAUUUGAGGAGUUUAAAAAGCAUUGAUCACGACCUAAAAACGGGAAACAACACAGAAUUAGUUUCAACAUUUCAAUAUUUGUUUGUUAUGCGCGCUCUGAAUCAAGGCCUUGCUCUGGAUAUUGGAAGUGCUUACACUGGAUUUAGAUUAUUGGUUAAUGUUUCUACUCUUAACAAUUGAUUUACAUAAGAAGAAUGAAAAGAACAGUUCAACAAUAACCUCAACAUUCCACUAAUGUGAUCAGUUGGAAAAGUGAAAGUUGAAAAUAAAACAGCAACUUAAGAAAAGAAGUCUGUAAGGAUAUCUGAUAGUAUACACCAUAGAAAAUACAUACAGAUGAGGAAUGUAAAAUUGAUGAUUUUGGGGAACAUGAUUCGAACUUGAAUAUUUAGAGGAUAUUUCAACACAGAUAGAGUCUAGUAUAUGGAAACCAUUAUGGAAGAGAAAAGAGCAAUCAGGUCCAGCCAGAAACUAUGGGUGAUCUUACUCCUGAUGCUAUAUGGGUUCAAGAUUCAGGUGAAAUGUGAAGGUCUGUGUAAAGCAUCUGAUGGGGAAGGGAACAUAGCACUAGGGUCAACAAUCUUCAUCAAUGAUAUACCUGAAGAUUAUAAAAAUGGUACAGUCUUGUCUGUACUAAACAUAACUGGAGACAAUAGUGAAAUAGAACUACAAAUUACUGAUAUUAGUGAUCCUCACAUAGGCUUCCAUCCUGCUACACGGGAACUGGUCCUUUUGAGACCACUGGAAAGAGAUGGAGAAUCAGGACAGAGCUCUAUCAGCAUCAAACUGUCCUGUAGGGACCUCAGUGCAGAGCAAAGCAUGAUUUUAAUCUCUGUCAUCAUCACUAUAAAAGAUGUCAAUGAUUCACCACCAAAAUUUAGUGAAGCGGAGUACUCAGUCAAUAUCAGUGAGUUAGCACCUGUAGGCAUGACGUUGAUUGGAUCAAUUGAAGCUAAAGACGCAGACCCGGAUAAUUCGUACAUCACCUAUUCCAUUCUACCAGACACUUUCUCAGAGUACUUUGACAUCCCUCUACCAGGAAAGGGAAUUGUGACAAUAGCCAAGGCUUUGAGCUAUGAGAAAUAUCAGACCAUGCUCAUCACUAUCAUGGCUAAGGAUAACCAUCCACCAGUGAAUGGGAUUGACCAGUCCACACUGUUUAACACUGCCAACUUGACCAUACACAUACAGGAUGGAGACAAUCAAAACCCUGCAUUCAACCAUAACCAAUACUUUGCAAUGGUGCCAGACAACAUCACACAGGGUUCUUUGGUUACUGUAAAGCCUGAGGCAAUUUUUGCGCGAGAUCAGGACAUUGGCAUUAAUGCAUCUGUGCAUUAUGAUAUCACGUCAGACUCAAUUAAAGGAGAUGCUGAAUAUUUCUCUCUAGACAAUAUAACUGCAGAGCUGCGUGUAGCCAAGGCUCCAUUGGAGGCAAACAGGGUCUACUUUGUGCAAAUAAAGGCUACUCAAGUUGAUGAUUUGGAUCGCUAUGCCAUAGCAACACUCAGAGUGGAUGUCCAGGGACCUAACAUGAAUAGUCCAAUAUUUGAACAAUCCAUGUAUAACAUAUCAGUGGCUGAAGGGCUACCAAUAGGGGACUAUGUGUUGAGAGUACAGGCAAUAGACUCAGACAAGGGAGACACAGUGACAUACAGUUUUAAUGAUCUAACUGCAAGUAAAUUCUUCAAUAUUCAUCCUACAAGUGGAGAAAUCACAACUGCCCAAUCGCUGGACUAUGAACAACAGAAAUUUCAUACAUUCACAGUGAAGGCAACAGAUUCACAAUAUACGACUUCCUCAGUUGUGAAUGUGAGAGUGACAGAUGUGAAUGACAACCCUCCUGUCUUUCAGCAGGACACAUAUAUAUUUGAAGGUGUAAAAGAGGAUGACCACGUUAUAGGGAAAGUGAAGGCUACAGAUCAAGAAGUAGGUUCCAUGAUAACAUAUAGCAAAGUUGGAGAAGAUGAAUUUUUUAAAAUUGACCCAACAUCAGGCGUGAUAUCCUUACGGGGAAAUAUAUCAGCAAUAGUUAUGGAACAAUACAACUUAUUUAUAAGAGCCACAGACUUAGGAGUGCCACCUAUUGACAGUUACUGCACAGUUAUUAUAACAUUUCCACCAGUUCCCUUCCCAACUCCCCAAACUAUUCUUUCCAUAAAGAAGCAGACUGAUCUAAUCCUUGUCAUAGUCCUGUCUGCAUUCUUGGGGGUCAUGGCAAUAAUCAUUGUUGGCUUGAUCAUUUACAUCAUGACGCGCCCAAAACAUAUUAACUCAAAAAUAAAAGUUGGGAAGGAGUCCCCUUCUAAAGAUAACCUAGAGGGGCUAUUCUAUAUGCAAUCACCAGGAAGUAUGCAGUUAGACUUUUAUGGUGGACAGGAUGCCACUACUAUACAAGAAAACCCUCUUCAAGAGUCAGAUGAUUACACUGUUGACAGUAAUAAAAAUCCUGUAUAUACAAGUACAAGUUUUCAUGGAAGUCAAAAUGGUGAUUUACAUCACAAACAAAAUGGCAGCUUUCAGGCUGACCGCCAUCUUGGUGAGAUUCAAUUAGAGACAGCUGUUGUCCCUAAAGAUGAUGACUCCUUAAAUAAGCCAAAUGGGAGCAUAAACACUUCAACUUCAGAGAGCAUAAGUGGAUCUAUACCAAACAUACAUAGACAAAAUGGAGUGAUUCAUAAUUCCAUGGAGAGAGUGCAGGAAGAAAAACCAGAAAUUAAAGUAUAUUUUUAGUGACAGUAUAAAAACAUGUUCAUUAAGUGAAAUGUUGAAUAUAACAGAAAUCAGUAUAUCUUACCCCCCUAUCACACCAAACUAGUUCUUACACGUUCUUGCCAGUCCUAGGAAAACUCGUAAAACGGGCUCAAUAUGGCUGUGGUCGGAAAAUAUGUCUGAAAUAAUUAGCUUCUCCGUUCUUAAACAGUCUUCAAUACGUCCAUCUCGUUCGCAGUUCGUUCAGGUCGCACCACGUCAGUGUGCAACGUCGUAGAACGCGUCC